CUUCAUCAUCCAUUAUAAAGACAGCAUUUUCUUCUCAAAUUCAUGUUGUCUCACUCUCCAUAUUUUUCUGCUCACACAUCUUGUCUCAUUUGCCUUCAGCCCAUCCAACCGUAAACCCAACAAUUUUACUUCUUUUUAUUCACAAAAAAGUUGAAUUUUUAUCGUCCUCUGAAUCAGACAGCACACUCAUACACUGAUUGAGUGAGUGAACUCCGAGGAAUCACAGACCCAUCGAAAACCAUUACUGCGUAAGAGAUUUUGCUUUCCCGGCCGCACAAUCUUUUUCCGGUUAAGCUUGCUUGUUUGUUAAUAUGUUGGAGAAAAUGGAGGAAAAAUUCGACCCGGAGUCAUUCAUAGAAGAAUUCGAGUGGUUGACCAGAAAUGCAGGUAGAGUUCAGAAGGAGACACUUAAGAGAAUCUUGGAAGAAAAUGGUGAGACAGAGUAUUUGCGGAAAUGUGGGGUUAAUGGUUUAACCGAUCCCGAUAGUUAUAGGGCCCGAGUUCCCAUUGCCACUCACAAUGACUUUGAACCUUACAUUCAGAAAAUUGCCGAUGGCACAAAUCAGUCGGCCCUUACUGGAAAACCCAUAACCACAAUUUCAUUGAGUUCUGGCACGACUCAAGGGAAGCCGAAAUUUGUACCUUUUAACGAUGAACUGAUGGAGAGCACUACACAGAUAUACAAGACAUCUUUUGCAUUUAGGAACAGCAGCAAGCAAUUCAAGACGAAAGGCGGCCUAUCCGCAGGAACUGCCACGACAAAUGUUUAUCGAAACUCGAAAUUCAAGAAAACUAUGAAAUCCAUGCAAACACCAUGCUGCAGCCCGGACGAAGUUAUAUUCGGGCCCGAUUUUCACCAAUCCCUCUAUUGCCAUCUCCUUUGCGGCCUCAUUUCCCGCCAAGAAAUCCAAGUUGUGUCCUCAACUUUCGCCCACAGCAUAGUCCAUGCUUUUCGAACAUUCGAACAAAUUUGGGAAGAACUCGUGGAGGAUAUUCGAAAAGGGUCAUUGAGUAGCCGAAUUACAGUCCCUUCAAUCCGGGCCGCCAUAGAAAAAGUUCUUGGCCCGAAGCCCGAAUUGGCUGAUUUGAUUUAUAGCAAGUGUGUGGGGUUAAGGGUGAGCAAUUGGUAUGGAUUGAUUGAGGAGCUUUUUCCGAAUACGAAAUAUAUUUAUGGGAUUAUGACGGGUUCUAUGGAGCCAUAUUUGAAAAAACUAAGGCAUUAUGCGGGUGGAUUGCCUUUGUGUAGUGCGGAUUAUGGGUCGUCUGAAGGGUGGAUUGGGGCUAAUGUUAAUCCCGAGUUGCCACCCGAGCAAGUGACUUACGCUGUUUUGCCGAAUAUUGGGUUUUUCGAAUUUAUUCCUUUGAAUGUGGCGAAGAAUGGUGAACGGUGUGUCGAGCCUGAGGCAGUCGGGCUUACUGAAGUUAAGGUGGGUGAGGAGUAUGAGAUCCUCUUGACCAAUUGUGCAGGAUUAUAUCGGUAUAGAUUAGGUGACGUGGUCAAAGUCAACGGAUUUCACAAUUCAACCCCAAAGCUCCAAUUCGUGUGCCGUAAAAAUCUCCUUCUCACAAUCAACAUCGACAAAAAUACCGAAAAGGACCUCCAGCUGGCAGUCGAGGCUGCGGGGAGCCUUCUAGCCGAGCGCAAGCUUGAAGUAGUGGACUUCACGAGUCGGGCCGACCCGUCUGGCGACCCGGCUCGUUACGUUGUGUUUUGGGAGAUAAAUGGAGAAGCGGAGGACGAGGUUUUACAAGAGUGUUGUGAUUGUUUGGAUAGGUCGUUUUUGGACGCGGGCUAUAUGAGCUCGCGUAAGACGGGCUCGAUUGGGCCCUUGGAGCUUCGGGUUGUGAGGAAAGGGACGUUUCAUAAGAUUUUGGAUCACUAUGUGGGCCUCGGGGCUGCCGUUAGCCAGUUCAAGACGCCCAGGUGCGUGGGGCCCACGAACGCGGCCGUGCUGCAGAUAUUGUCGGCCAAUGGGGCCCGGAGCUACUUCAGCGCUGCCUAUGACUAAAUUUGUUUUUUGGAAACUUUUUUUUUAAAAAAAAAUAAAAAUAAAUGUGUUGUAAUUUUGGUUUGGUUGUUGUGGUGGCUUUUGACUGCAGU